GGCAGACGUCAUCGUCAUCACCAGAUAGCCCUUUCAGUUUUAGCACUUCAACACCAUAUCAUCAACUCCAUGUAUAAAGCCCUUGUAACCUCUUCUUCUCGCCUCCACUUCUCCCCCUCCUUUUCCCCAACCCUAGCUCCUUCCCCUCUUCUCCCUUGCUCUGUCAGCUUCUCCAGAUCUUCUUCGAGGUCUCCGAUCAGGCUCAGGGCUGGUAUAAGAAGUUCUGUGACUGUGAUAAAGCAGUUCGAGAGGAGAAUGGCCACCACUAUUGCUAAUGAGAAUCCUUUUUAAGGAUUUUUUUGACUAGCCUUCAAGGCCUGAUGGUGGCGAGUAUGGGAAAUACUACAGCUUACCUGCGCUUAAUGAUCCAAGGAUAGAUAAGCUACCAUAUUCUAUCCGGAUUUUGCUUGAGUCAGCUAUUCGUAAUUGUGAUAACUUUCAAGUUACCAAGGAUGAUAUUGAGAGGAUCAUUGAUUGGGAGAAUACUUCUCCCAAGCUAGUGGAGAUCCCCUUCAAACCAGCUCGUGUUCUUCUUCAGGACUUUACUGGUGUGCCAGCUGUUGUUGACCUUGCUUGUAUGCGUGAUGCCAUAAACAAGUUAGGAAGUGAUUCUAAUAAGAUCAAUCCGUUGGUUCCUGUAGAUCUUGUUAUUGACCACUCAGUGCAAGUAGAUUUGGCAAGAUCUGAAAAUGCUGUGCAGGCUAACAUGGAACUUGAAUUUCGAAGGAAUAAAGAGAGAUUCAGUUUCUUAAAUGAGGGGUCUACUGCUUUCCGUAAUAUGCUUGUUGUUCCUCCAGGUUCUGGUAUUGUUCACCAGGUUAAUCUUGAAUACCUUGGCCGAGUUGUAUUCAACACUGAUGGCAUACUGUAUCCUGAUAGUGUGGUCGGAACUGAUUCUCACACAACUAUGAUUGAUGGUUUAGGAGUUGCUGGGUGGGGUGUCGGAGGGAUUGAAGCAGAAGCUGCAAUGCUUGGCCAGCCUAUGAGCAUGGUCUUGCCUGGUGUGGUUGGUUUCAAAUUGUCUGGAAAACUGAAGAAUGGUGUGACAGCAACUGAUUUAGUUUUGACUGUGACUCAAAUGUUGAGGAAGCAUGGUGUGGUUGGGAAGUUUGUUGAAUUUUUAGGUGAGGGCAUGGGUCAAUUAUCAUUGGCUGAUCGGGCAACAAUCGCUAAUAUGUCACCUGAGUAUGGAGCAACUAUGGGUUUCUUUCCAGUGGAUCACGUCACCUUGCAAUAUCUCAAGUUGACAGGACGAAGUGAUGAAACAGUAUCAAUGAUAGAGUCAUAUCUGCGAGCUAACAAGAUGUUUGUUGAUUACAAUGAGCCCCUGAACGAAAGGGUUUAUUCGUCAUACCUGGAAUUGAACCUUGCAGAAGUUGAGCCUUGUGUUUCAGGUCCAAAGAGGCCUCAUGACCGAGUAUUGCUCAAGGACAUGCAGGCAGACUGGCACUCUUGUUUGGACAGUAAAGUUGGAUUCAAGGGUUUUGCAAUACCAAAGGAAUCACAAGAAAAAGUUGUUAAGUUCAACUUUCAUGGGCAGCCUGCGGAGCUCAAGCAUGGUAGUGUGGUGAUAGCAGCCAUAACAAGCUGCACCAAUACCUCAAAUCCUAGUGUCGUGCUUGGUGCUGGCCUUGUGGCAAAGAAGGCUUGUGAGUUAGGUCUUGAGGUCAAGCCAUGGAUUAAAACAAGUCUUGCCCCAGGAUCCGGAGUUGUUACCAAAUACCUUCUUAAGAGUGGGCUUCAGAAGUACUUGAAUCAACAAGGUUUUCAUGUUGUUGGAUACGGCUGCACUACAUGUAUUGGGAACUCUGGAGAUCUUGAUGAGUCUGUUGCAGUUGCAAUUUCAGAGAAUGACAUUGUUGCUGCUGCUGUGCUUUCUGGAAACCGGAACUUUGAGGGCAGAGUGCAUCCUUUUACUAGGGCUAAUUAUCUUGCUUCACCUCCACUUGUGGUGGCAUAUGCUCUUGCUGGCACUGUUGACAUUGAUUUUGACAAGGAACCAAUUGGUAUAGGAAAGAAUGGGAAGAGUGUCUUCUUCAAGGAUAUAUGGCCAUCAAAUGAAGAAAUUGCAGAGGUUGUUCAAUCAAGUGUGUUACCUGAUAUGUUCAAGAGCACUUAUCAGGCUAUUACAGAAGGCAAUCCAAUAUGGAACCAGCUAGCUGUUCCAGCCUCCACUCUCUAUUCAUGGGACCCAACAUCUACCUAUAUUCAUGAACCUCCAUAUUUUAAAAGCAUGACCAUGGUGCCACCUGGCCCCCUAUGGUGUGAAAAAAAUGCUUAUUGUUUAUUAAACUUUGGUGACAGCAUUACCACAGACCACAUUUCACCAGCAGGAAGUAUACACAAGGACAGCCCAGCUGCCAAAUACCUAAUGGAACGUGGUGUGGACAGGAAAGACUUCAAUUCAUAUGGAAGUCGUCGUGGCAAUGAUGAAGUUAUGGCAAGAGGAACCUUUGCUAACAUUCGGCUGGUCAAUAAGCUUUUAAAUGGAGAAGUCGGGCCAAAGACUAUUCAUAUUCCUACGGGAGAUAAACUAUACGUGUUUGAUGCUGCAAUGAGGUACAAGACCGAGGGCCAUGACACCAUUGUUUUGGCUGGAGCAGAGUAUGGAAGUGGAAGCUCUCGUGAUUGGGCUGCUAAGGGUCCGAUGUUGCUUGGAGUUAAAGCAGUCAUUGCUAGCUUCGAGAGAAUUCAUCGUAGUAAUUUAGUAGGAAUGGGCAUAAUCCCCUUAUGUUUCAAGGCUGGGGAGGAUGCUGAUUCACUUGGUCUUACUGGCAAUGAGCGAUACACAAUAGACCUCCCAAGCAAUAUCAAGGAAAUAAGACGAGGCCAAGAUGUUACUGUUGUUACAGACACCGGAAAAUCUUUCAAAUGCACCCUUCGUUUCGAUACUGAGAUGGAAUUGGCAUACUUCAACCAUGGUGGCAUUCUUCCAUUUGUCAUCCGUAAUCUGAUCAGUUCACAGCGUUAAGUUACAAACAUCUACAACCAGAAAGCAACGUGGUUCUUUCUCACUGCCAAGAAAUAAAAUGGAAAUAAAAUGGCAAUCAGAAUAAAUAACGGCCUUUUUUAUCAAAAGGUUUCAAGUUUGUUAUUUUCUUGUACUCUACGCAGUAGAAUGAGUUUACAAAAGAAAAUUUUGAUUCUCACCAUUGCGUUGGUGACAUGCCAAUGUAUGCUCUUUGUCCGAAGAUUGCACUCACUCUUAUUGAGACUGGAAGAAUCUUUUCAGAUGAACCUUUUUAAAAUAGUUCUUACAUUUAUUUA